AGCCAGAGAAAUUUUGACCUUAUGACCUUUUCUCUGGUGAGUGCAAGAUUAUAAAGAAGGGUGCAAGAUGUCUACGUCUACAUCUUUCUCCAGCAAAGUCAAGGACAGUGUCAGCUUAUCUAAGCCCACGAAGACCGAGCAAAGCUUGUUUGAAGAAGAUGAUGACUUUGAAGAGUUUCCAGCAGAAGAUUGGGAUGAAAGAGAGGAAGAUGGCACAGACAAGCAACUUUGGGAGGACAACUGGGAUGAUGACAAUGUAGAAGAUGAUUUCUCAUGUCAAUUGAGGGCAGAGCUAGAAAGGCUGGGACAGAAAGUUUCACAACCAGAACCAAUGAAAACCUGAAGUGAACUGAACAUUCUUAAUUACGUUGUUCUCAUUAUUUACACAUACCUAUUCUUGUUAGUUGCGUACAUUGCUAACUAGCAUUUACCCAGUGAUAUGUUCCUGUGACAACUAUUAA